AUGGAGGCUGAUGCCCAAGUUGGUGAUAAAAAAACCCUGUCAAGCUACGAGAGAGGCAAGGCGAUCCAAGAGAUCUCGCUCUUUGGAGAGAGUGUGAAGCUGCGAACGGACGAUUACGUUGGAGAAGGAGGGUGCGUGUGGUCCGCAGGGACUCGGUUGAGCCAAUUUCUGACGGAGACAGGAAUAUCCUUGCAAGAUCGAAAUGUUUUGGAGUUGGGAAGUGGGACUGGAGCGCUGGCGAUCGCACUAGGUCUGCACGGAGCGAGAGUGGUGGCGACAGAUGUCCCUUGGGUCUUACCCCUCUUGCAAGAGAAUGUUGAGAAGAACAGUCACCAGUUUCAGAGGGAGUCGCAGGUGGUGGUCAAGGAGUUGAACUGGGACCAAGUGGAGAACUUUGACCUCUCGAACCUGACAGUCAUUGACUAUGUGAUCGCGUGUGAGUGCAUCUACUCGCUGGAGGAAGGAGGCCUUGCAGAAACCUUUGGGUUCAAGACCGACGCUACGACCGAGAGGCUCUUGAAGCUUCCAUGGGCUGCCUCUGAUGUGAAGUCGCAGACGAUCCUGGUUCUAUGUGGCAAAGGAAAACAGCUGCUCAUCGUCAAUCGGAUCAGAAGCUCCAACAAUCUUGAGAGACAGUUCGUCCUCCAGCUAUCUUUGCAUUUCAACCUCGAGUGCAUGAUUGACACAGGAAAGACGAUGAGCAGGUUUAAUAUCACAAGUCUUGAAGACAUCGAGCUGUCAAAGGGAAGCAUACUGUUCGUUCACGGGUGUCGGAUCUGA